AUUUGAAAUCGUCGCGAUGUGCUCAAUAUACACCGUGUUCCUGGGGCUUUCGCUGCUCCUCCUACUGCCCCGGGAUGCAGUCGGAACUUGUAAAUUGCAAGCAACUUUCAACGCUCCGCUCACCCUCACGGGAUUUGGGACAAAACUACUUUUAUCCGACUCCCUUGGCACCUAUGAACGCGAAUACGGAGAAUCUAUUGACUUGUAUUGCGGCUCUGGAUUUACGUUUGAAAGAGGUUACGAAUCUGUUGGAACGUCUGAUGCUAAAGCUACAUUGCGGUGCGAUUCAAAUGGGCUUUUUUACCAUAAUAGCGGUAGUCUAAUUGGUGUUCAGUGUAAGAAAGCAGUGAUGCAGAUGUUUGAGAGUAGGACCAGCAUGCAGAACUGCGGGGCCGACAUGACACUCGUUGUGGGUCAAAGAUUCGAUGGAGGAGGUUUGAUCAAGAGUGCGGCCCUGUGCUAUGACAUUGUGGCCUCUCAAAUGAAGUAUAUUGGCUACACGACAUUUCCGGCCAAAAACCGAGUUAUCACAAUGUCUCAAGUGGGCCAGCUAAAUGGAAUCGGAUUGGACGUUAAUGUAACCUACCGAAAGAAUCUGAUCAGGACCGUGAGCCAGGGGGAGAUCGACGCCUACAUGGCGAAGGAAAAGCAGCUGGCGCCGCUGUUCGAGGCGGAAACCUUCCAGGUCGCCGGUCUGGUCCAGGACGAGUACGUUGCCAGGCACUUGGCCGGCUACGAGGACAUGAUGUCCACCAUCUGGAUGCGGUCGCUGCGUGCUGGCAACUGGAAGAACUGGAUCAAGGCGAUGCAAGGGGCCAGCGUGGCCGGAACCCACUUCGACGUCCGGCUGGGCGUGUCCGGGGUGCUGGAGGUGCCGAUGGCCGUCGGGCCCUGCAACGCCAGCCGAUCGCUGCAAGUGCAGCUGGCGGACGGCAGCUCCUACCCGGUCCCCGCCCACAUUUGGGCCCAUGUGCACGCCGUGGAGCAGACGGGUGGCGUCCAGGACGAGUUCGUCGUCAUCGGCCACAACUCCCCCUUCCUCCGCAGCGACAACUCCAGCCACCUUUGCGCCUCGAUGUGCGACCAGGUGUCCUGGCUGAGGAACAGCCUGUUCGGCAGCCUGCGCGAGUUCCCCGCCUACGGAGUGGUGCAGUGCUGCCGGGUCGAGGAUGUGGCCAGCAAGCUGGACAACUUUCCAGGCCCGUUUGCGGCCGUGAAUGCCGGCAGGACCACCGCGAAGGUUCAGCUCUUGGACUUGUUGACUCACGCGACUGACACCACGACCGUCCCUCCGCCGGACUACGAUCCUGAACCAAGCUAUUCUUCCAGCAAUGAUUACUGAUACUUGGACAAAACAGUUCAAUCGAAACUCUGUCAGCAGGAAGUUACAAUUUAAAGCAACAACAACCUUAUUUCCUUUGAAACAUUUUUAAAUUUAAAAUUCUAACUUAGACAAACGAUUAGUUUACACUUGGAAAAUGAGCCAAAGCUUCACCUUAGAAACAUUUUGAAAUGCAAAACUCUGCCUUACUUUCCACAAUAACCAUUCAUUUUUCUAUUGAAGAAAAACAUUGAUAUUUGGUUUAUUUUUACAGAAAAUUAAUGUUUACUGCAAAAAGUAAAGUAGUGUAUUAAAUAUUAAUAGUUUUCUGUUCGACGCAUUUUCUAAGUGUACAUCAAUCAUUUGCUUGGUAGUUCAAACAAUAAAGUUAUAAGUGGAGCAUA